AGAGGCGGCGAGAGGCGCUUGGCGGGGAGCAGCGGCGUCCGAGGCGGCCCGAGCGGGCUGGCUGCGCUGCCUUUGAGCGGUGCGUGCGGUGUGCGGCGAGAGCGGCUGGAAGGGAGGCAGGGCAGCGGCAGGAGGCAGGAGCUUUGGCGGCGAGCUGUGGCGGCAGAGAAUGGCGGUGAGGCGGCGGCAGAGGCUCGGGCCGGGCGGCGGGCGAGCGCUGCUGGGCGCGGUGCUGCUGUGCGUGUGGUGGCGGGCGGCGGCCGAGCGGCUCCGCUACGCCAUCCCCGAGGAGCUGGGCAGAGGCUCGCUCGUGGGGCCGCUGGCGCGGGACCUGGGGCUCAGCGCGGACGAGCUGCCGGCGCGCAAGCUGCAGGUGGCGUCUGCCGGCAAGAAGCAGCUGAACUACUUCAGUGUGAAUGAGGAGAACGGGAACCUGUACGUGAACGAGAGGCUGGACCGGGAGGAGAUGUGCGGCGAUUCGGCGACCUGUUCUGUCAGCUUCGAGGUGCUGGUGCACAACCCUCUGAACGUCUUCCACGUCGAGGUGGACAUCGAGGACGUGAAUGACAACUCCCCGGCCUUCAGCAAGUAUUUUUUGAACAUUUUCCACGUCGAUGUGGCGAUUGAAGAUGUGAACGACAACUCCCCGGCCUUCAGCAAGGCUAUUUUGGACCUCGAGAUUAGUGAAUCGACGCUUCCUGGUGCUCGUUUUCCGCUGGAGACUGCACGAGACGCUGAUUCAGGAAGGAACUCUUUGCUGACUUACGAGAUAGAAAGUAACCCUUCCUUUUCACUAUCCAUGAAGGAAAAGGCGGGUGGUAAAAAGCAGCCGGAAUUGGUGUUGGAGGCAGCUUUGGACCGCGAGAAGCAGAGCUCGUUCGAGUUGGUACUGACAGCGGUGGACGACGGGGACCCCGCGAGGUCCGGGACUGUCAAGAUUCGGGUCAACGUGACAGACGCAAACGACAAUCCGCCUGUGUUCAGUAAAAGCAUCUACGAGGCGAGAGUGGCAGAGAAUCUGCCACCGGGAUCACUGGUGCUGCGGGUGGUGGCCACAGAUGCGGACGCGGGCACCAACGGGCGAGUCUCCUACUCCUUCAGCAGCGUCCCGGCAACUGUCUUGGCGUUGUUCGUUGUCGACAGAGAGGGCGGCGAGAUCAGGACGGUCGGUCCCCUCGAUUUCGAGAUGAAGAGUAAAUACAUCUUCGACCUGGAGGCAACAGACGGAGGCGGCCUAACCAGUCACUGCGAAGUGCAGAUCGACAUCACCGACGAGAACGACAACGCGCCCGAGAUCACGGUUCUGUCUCUGUCGAGUCCCGUGCCCGAAGACGCACCGGUGGGUACAGUGGUGGCCCUACUGAACGUAAACGACCCGGACUCCGGCGAGAACGGUCAGGUGUCGUGCGAGCUGUCGGGCGAGGCGCCGCUGUCGAUCGUGGCGUCGCCGGGCGGCUCGUACAAGGUGGUGACGGCGGGAGCGCUGGACCGCGAGCAGGCGUCCGAGCAUCGCGUGUCGGUGGUGGCCCGGGACCGGGGCAGGCCGGCGCUGUGGAGCAGCACGGAGCUGGUGCUGGAGGUGUCGGACGUGAACGACAACGCGCCGGUGUUCGAGGAGGCGGCGUACAGCGCGUACGUGGCGGAGAACAACGCGGCGGGCGCGCUGGUGGUGCGCGUGCAGGCGCGGGACGCGGACGCGGGCGCCAACGGGCGCGUGAGCUACUGGCUGGCGGGCGGCAGCGCGGGCGCGGCGGGCGCGGCGCCGCUGGUGUCGGUGGAGGCGCGGAGCGGCGCGCUGUACGCGCAGCGCUCCUUGGACUACGAGCAGUGCCGCGAGUUCUGGGUGGCGGUGCGGGCGCAGGACGGCGGCGCGCCGGCGCGCAGCUCCACGGCCACGGUGCGCGUCUUCGUGCUGGACCGCAACGACAACGCGCCGCGGGUGCUGUGGCCGGCGGCGGGCGCGGGAGAGGGGGGCGCGGGAGAGGCCGGGGCGGCGGCGGCGUUCGAGGUGGUGCCGCGCUCGGCCGAGGCCGGCUACCUGGUGGCCAAGGUGGUGGCGGUGGACGCGGACGCGGGGCGCAACGCGUGGCUGUCGUACGAGCUGGUGCAGGCGUCGGAGCCGGCGCUGUUCCGCGUGGGGCUGCACAGCGGCGAGGUGCGCACGGCGCGCGCCGUGUCCGAGCGGGACGCGGCCAAGCAGCGAGUGGUGGCCGUGGUGAAGGACCACGGGCAGCCGGCGCUGUCGGCCACGGCCACGCUGCACGUGGUGCUGGCCGAGAGCUUGCAGGAGGCGCUGCCGGAGCUGAGCGAGCGGCCGGCGGGCGCCGAGGCGGCGGCGGCGGCGGCCGAGCUGCAGUUCUACCUGGUGCUGGCGCUGGCGCUGCUGUCGGCGCUCUUGGUGCUGAGCGUGGCGCUGGCCGUGCUGGCGCGGCUGCGCCGGGCCGGGCCGCCCGCCGUGCUGCGCUGCCUGGGCGCGCAGCGCUUCUCGCUGGCCGGCGCCGCCUUCCCGGCCGACUUCUGCGAGGGCACCUUGCCCUACUCCUACAACCUGUGCGUGGCGGCGCCGGCCCGCGCCGUGCCCGAGGCCGCUUGGCCGCCGCCGCCGGUGCCCGUGCUGUCGGCGGAGGAGCUUCUGGGCGGGGACGAGUGCGAGAAACCGAGCCUGGGUAGUAGCUCCGUGGCUGGAGAGCCGCCCGCCGUCCCGGACGCAACUCAGGGCGGGCAGCGCUGGGUGCUGCAGUGCCGGGAGGAGGCUGCGGGCGCCGCUGUUGACCGAGAGGAGCGAGAGGAAGCUCGGAGCGCUGCAGCCCCGCCCGCUGCGGACCCGCUCGAUCACUCGCUCGCUCGGUGUGCGGCUCGGCCGCCGGGAGGUCUGCGAGCGUGUCCGCGGUGCCGAGUCGUUCUGUAG